UUGAGAACUAGACGUUUUCAGGAAGAGGAACUAGCAGAGUCGCUACGGAUAAAGAAGCAGGAAGAGCAACUGGCAGCCGUACGAGCAGCGAACCUAGCUGCCCAAGCUCAGCAAGCGCAGGUAGCGGCUCCAAAUCCCACCCAUACCGCGGUAACGACUUCGAUGGUGAUGUCUCCCGAACAGAAGCCCCUAGCGCCAAAACCUUUGGAGCAGAAGACUGUGGAGCAGAAACCGCUAGCACCAAAAGUUCUAGGGCAGAAGCCUAUCGAGCAGAAACCGCUAGCAACACCACCCAAAUCGUUGCGUGAGUUCUUCACCUGUCUGUUAUUCUGUUUACUUUUGUUCUACUAUCUAGGUUUGGUCUAUUUAUCAGUUUUGAUGCAAAUUCAAACAACUCCUCCGAACUCUUUCCAAAUGCAGUCACAGUCCAUCAUACAAAGUCCAGCGGCUGCUAUUCCAUCCAGCCCUCAAUAUCCGAAUCCGAACAGCUAUGGAUUUCCCAGCAGUCACAGCAGCGGUAGCGCUAUCAUGAUGUCGCCACAGUGUAUGACACCAAUGACGCCACCGUCUCACAGAAGUCCAGCAUUUCAUCAGCAGGUGAUCCAGUCCCCUCAGCAGCAUCAGGCGGUUCAGUCUCCAUUGUCUGCAGGACCGCAUCAACACCAAAUGGUAAGUCAAAGGCAACAAUCUAUGUCUUCUAUGUCCUGUCCGCAGUCGAGUCAGCAGUUGCAACAAAAUAUUGGUUACGAUUCAUCACCUCAGACGUUCGCUCAACCACAACCGCAUUCAACUCCUCCGCAAAACAGCUACUCUUAUGGUAUGCAGCAGACGCAGCAACGGCCGUUGCAACAUCAACAACAAGUCAACGUUUCACCAUCCAUGCAAAAUCAAGUGCAGCCGGCAAUGCAACAAAGUCAUUCAAUGCAGCAACAAACUCUUCCACAACCUCAAGCUGUUCGUCAGCAAGUACAGUCACAACCUAUGACAAUGCAGCAGCCUGUUCAUCAGCAGCAAAUGCAGCAACAGCAAAGCGUGCAACAAAUGCAGCAGCCAACGCCUCAAACGGUAUGUUCACAAUGUCAUCCUUAUUCCGAAGAUAGACCAUAG